AUUUAUGAUAACCAACGCAUAAGCUUGAUAUAUAAUAACCAUCGCAUUAGCUUGAUAUAUAAUAACCAUCGCAUUAGCUUGAUAUAUAAUAACCAUUGCAUUAGCUUGUUAUAUAAUAACAAUCGAAUUAGCUUGAUAUAUAAUAACCAUCGCAUUAGCUUGAUAUAUAAUAACCAUCGCAUUAGCUUGAUAUAUAAUAACCAUCGCAUUAGCUUGAUAUAUAAUAACCAUGGCAUUAGCUUGAUAUAUAAUAACCAUCGCAUUAGCUUGAUAUAUAAUAAACAUGGCAUUAGCUUGAUAUAUAAUAACCAUCGCAUUAGUAUGAUAUAUAAUAACCAUCGCAUUAGCUUGAUAUAUAAUAACCAUCGCAUUAGUUUAAUAUAUAAUAACCAUCGCAAUAGUUUGAUAUAUAAUAACCAUCGCAUUAGCUUGAUAUAUAAUAACCAUCGCAUUAGUUUGAUAUAUAAUAACCAUCGCAUUAGCUUGAUAUAUAAUAACCAU